AUGGAGCUUUCCCUGGGUCUCCUUCUGCUUGCAGCUGUGCUUGUGCUGCAGGAAACAGCUGCCAACCGGUGCCCUCCAGCCUGCAUCUGCGACAACAUCAGGACCCACGUCCUGUGCCUGAACAGGAACCUCACGGGGAUACCCAGCACCAUCCCACAGAUCACCAAAAAGCUGGAUCUCCAGGGCAACAGCUUCAAGGUCAUCCCUGCAGGAGCUUUCCUCAGUACCCCCUACCUCACACACUUAAAUCUGCAGCACUGCAAGGUGGAGAGCAUUGAGGAAGGAGCUUUCCGGGGACUGGGAAGACUAGUCUACCUCAACCUGGCCUCCAACAUUAUAGCCUUCAUCUACCAGGAGUCUCUGGAUGGGCUGUCUUCCCUCCAACAGCUCAUCCUGGAGAAGAAUCGCAUUGAGGAGAUCCAGCCGGGUGCUUUCAGCCAACUGGGGUUCCUCAACUUCCUCAACCUUGGCGAGAAUGCCCUUGUCUACCUCCCAGACAUGGUCUUCCAGGGCCUGCAGGUGAUCAAGUGGCUCCGCCUGUCCCAUAAUGCCCUUCAUGUCUUGGGUAAUGAGGCCUUUGCUGGCUUGCCCACCCUGAGGAGGCUAAGCCUGGACCACAACGAACUGCAGGCACUGCCCAGUGAGGCUCUGUCAAGGCUGUCUGGGACGACACGGCUCGAGCUGGGCCACAACCCCAUCACCUACAUCACCGAAGAGGCCAUCGACAUGGCUUCGUUGAAGCACCUCUUCUUGGACAACGCGGCCCUCCAGGACAUUUCACACAAAGCCUUUGUGAAGAGCCCUCAGCUGCACAUGCUGGACCUCCGCAACAACCAGCUGCAGGGGCUCCAGCCGCUGGCUGGACCAGCCAGCAUAGCAAAAAUCAGCUUGGUUGGGAACCCCCUGCUCUGCUCCUGCCACCUGCGCCCCUUUCGGGAGUGGAUGAGGGCGGCACGGGUGCACGUGGAGGCAGUGUGUGCUGGCCCCCCUGCACUCUGGGGGCAGCAGCUGGAGUUGCUCAGGCCCCUUGAUAUGAGGUGUGGAGACCACCUGAUAGGGGCACGGCCAUCCCCUAGCCCUGUUCCUCCAGCUGGGCAGCCGGAAGAGGCUGCGAGAAGAAAGUGCCCAGAGGGUUGCACCUGCUCCCCAGAUUUCCAACAUGGUAACUGUGAGAACAGAAACCUCCGGGAGAUCCCCCGGGGCUUCCCCAGCAACACCCAGCUCCUUGACCUGCGCCGAAACAACUUUCAGGCCGUGCCACAGGGCUCCUUCCCCGGUUUGAAGGGCCUGGUCUCGCUCCACCUGCAGAGCUGCAAAAUUGCCAUGCUGCAGCCCGGUGCACUCCAGGGCCUGGAGAAGUUAGUCUACCUCUACCUCUCUGACAACAACCUCUCUGCCUUGGAUGCUGCUGCCUUUGAUGGUGUUCCACAGCUUGCCUACCUGUACCUCGACCACAACAGCUUCACCCGGGUACCCCGGGGUGCCUUCAGGCUCCUUCCUAGCCUCUUCUCCCUCCACCUGCAGCACAAUGCCAUCACACAACUGUCCGAGGGCGACCUAGCAGGGGUGAAGAAGCUGCGCUGGCUCUACCUGACGGGCAAUGCCAUCAGCAACAUAUCCCCCACAGCCCUGAGUCCCGCCAAGAUGUUGGAGAAGCUGCACCUGGAUGAAAAUCACCUGGGGGAAGUGCCCACGGGGUCUCUCCAGGGCCUGCCUGCCCUCAGUGAGCUGAAGCUGUCCAAGAACCCCAUCAAGUCUGUGGGGGUUGGCGCCUUCCUGCCAGUGGCCAGCACACUGCAGCACCUCUACCUGGACAACAUGGGCCUGGAGCAGAUUUCCUCAGGUGCUUUUGCUGGUCUUGGGCCCAAGAUCAAAAGUCUCUACCUGGAGAACAACAAAAUGAGCCGUAUCCCCGACAUGCGCAGCUUCACGGGGCUGGAAAUCCUCAACCUGCGAGACGUCCCUUUCCACUGCGACUGCCAGCUCCUUCCCCUGCGCAGGUGGAUCGACAAACUCAAUCUCCGCGUGGGGGCCACCUGUGGCUCCCCUGCCGAAGCCCAGGGCCAGAAGGUGAAGUUUUCCACCAUCUUCCAAACUUGCCCUGGUUGGGGCCGGGACAAGGCCACUGGAGCCCGUCCUGUGAGCAAGCCCAGCAAGCAAAAGAGACUUGGAAAACCACCAACCAGGGGCCUCAAGAAGAGCAAAGCUUAGGAA